UUCCAUUCAAGUCUCACUCCCCACGGUCCAUCCUCUCUCUCUCUCUCUCUCUAUCUUUUUUUUCUCUGUGAUAUCAAAAAUUGUUUCCAUUUCAAAUGGAUUUGUUUCAUAGCUAUGAUUAAAUACUACAAAAUCUAAAGCUAUAUUCAUGUGCCAGUUAGUCUGUGUGUAUGUUUCUUUGUACUCCAUAAUAGAGCUGUAGAGGCCAAGAAGAAGAAGAAGAAGAAGAUCAAGAAGAUGUUGCUGGGAAAGCGUCCACGGCCUCCAAUGAAGAGAACAACGAGCAUGACUGGGAUCACCGUGGAUCCAAGCAUGUUGGAACCCCAGGACCCGUCUGAUCAUCACCACCACCCCAUGAUCACAGACUCACCAUCAUCAUCACUGCAGCCUCCAGCUGAUCAGACCAUGAACAUGAAUAUGAACACGAACAUGGUGAACUUUGCUCCAAAUCCAAAUGGAUAUGAGUACGAGUACGACAAUCGCUUUGUAGCGAUGGUGUCACCUAGAGGCACAAUAAGCCAUAGAACUAGAAGCAACUCUGGUGAAUUCAUGAACGACCCUCACUUUCUCCACACCUGUGGCCUCUGCAAACGCCGCCUCCCUCCUGGCAGAGACAUCUACAUGUAUAGGGGGGAUACAGCGUUUUGUAGCUUAGAGUGCAGGGAGCAACAAAUGAAGCAAGAUGAGAGAAAAGAGAAGUACAGGACUAGUGUGGCCUCAAAGAAAGAAGGGUCAUCAUCCACGGCAUCCACGGCAUCCACUAAGGCUUCAAGUAAAAGUGAGACUGUGGCCGCUGCUUAAAGGCUAAUACAAACUGUGUGCCAAUAAUGCAAUGGUUGCUACUUACUAUAUGUGUAAAAUUUUGUACAAAAAGGCUCAAAUUAAGUGCUCUGUUUCUUUUAGGUUGAUAUGAUGGGGGGAGGGGAAGGUGGGGUUUGAGCAAAGACAUGAGCACAGCCAAAAAUUGUCAUUACCACUAUAUAAUCACUUGAACGCCAAUGAAAUGAUCUAUUGUUGUGUGGA